AUGGCCUUCGAGAAGGAGCAUGGCAACCGCACGAUAGAAGAGAUGAAGGCGAGGCUUGGGCGCUUCAAGCCACACGUCAUGGAGGCGUGGCAAAUGCCUCUGCAGCAGAAUGAAUAUGACUGCGGCAUCUUCGUAUGCCAGUACAUUCAAGCGCUAGUGGAGGCAUGUUUCGAAGGUGCUGAGCAUGGGUUGCGGUUCAGCAUGAGCCCACUGGCAUACCGGCGUGUCAUACGGGAGGAUGUGUGCGCCCUGGCAGAAGGACGGCUGAUCGGCGAGCUCACGGCAGCUGGGCAUGAGAUCCCUCCUGGCAAUGAGAUUAGGAAACCACCUGAGCUUGAGGUGAUUGGUGAUGAGGUGGAGGAUAGGGAGUGGAGGGCGGAGAUGGCAGAGCGGAUGCAUAGGCUGGAGGUUCGCAAUGAGAGUCAGGCAGUGGCUAUUGCCAAGCUCGAGAGGCAACUGCGUGAGCUGAUGCUGUCCCGUACUCCACAGCCGGGCAUUGGCGGUGUCGAUACAGGGGAGGGAGAUGGUGAUGUGGGAGGGGACGCUGCAGGAGAGGGACAUGUUGAUGUGGGAGGGGACGCUACAGGGGAGGGACAUGGGGAUGCGGGAGGGGAUGCUGUAGGGGAGGGACAUGGGGAUGUGGGAGGGAACAACGCUGGCACACAUGACAGCAUGAGAGGUGCACAUGGCGAGGGUCCUGUGGCUGACGUUGAGACGGGUGUAGGUGGGAAUAACAGUAAGCUUGAAAAAGAUGGAGAUGGUGAUAUGGCGGACGGUGCGAGGAGGGACAAUGAGGAAGUGGGGGUGCGUGAUGAAGGUGCCAAAGGCUUCGCGCCCCGGAAUUCACGCCGCCUAAAGUUUAGCGCGACUAGUAUCAGCUGUCGCCACUGGCUCUUCGCGGACGCGCUUGUAACAAGUUCCGUCGCGCGGGGGAAAGCGCUGCCAAUCCGCGCGGAGGACGCGCGGGCGGAGAGACUUGUGGGGAAUGCGGAGAAGGACCCGCGCGGGGAUGCGGAGGAGGGCGCGCGGGGAGCGCUGCGGAGAGACAUGUUUCCGCCCGGGUUCCUGUUUGGCACCGCCACUGCCGCCUACCAGGUGGAGGGGGCAGCGCGGGAAGGAGGGCGAGGAGCCAGCAUCUGGGACGUGUUCGCCCACACGCCAGGAAGGACACACAACGGGGACACAGGUGACGUGGCGUGCGAUCAAUACCACCGAUACGAGGAGGACGUGGCACUGAUGAGGCAUUUGGGCUUCUCAGCCUACCGCUUCUCCAUCAGCUGGUCGCGCAUCCUCCCGUCGGGGCGGCAGCCAGUGAACCAGGAGGGCGUGGAGUAUUACAACCGCCUCAUUGACUGCUUGCUCCGUAAUGGCAUCACGCCGUGUGUGACGCUCUUCCACUGGGACCUGCCGCAGGCACUGGAGGAGGAGUUUGGCGGAUUCAGAGGCGAGGCCAUCGUUGGUGCAUUCAGGGAAUAUGCACGGCUCUGCUUCUCUCUCUUGGGCGACAGAGUGCCCUACUGGCUCACCUUCAACGAGCCCUACACCUUUGCCCUCAAGGGCUACGCCGUGGGGGACUUUGCGCCCGGGCGCUGCUCCGACCGGCAGUGCUGUGCGGAGGGCGAUGGGGCGGUGGAGCCGUAUGUGGUGGUGCACCACAUGCUGCUGGCUCACGCUGCUGCUGUGGACUGUUAUAGGAGGGAAUUCGAGCCACAGCAGGGGGGGCAAAUCGGCAUUGCGGUGGACAGCGAAUGGGCGGAGCCUUUCUCUCAGCACCCAGAUGACGUGGCAGCUGCUGAUAGGCGCAUGCAGUUCAACCUCGGAUGGCUGCUGCACCCCAUAUUCUUUGGCGCCUAUCCACCCGCCAUGCGCCACUACAUGGGCCCCCGCCUGCCCUCCUUCUCCCCCUUACAAGCUGCCUCGCUUAAAGGCAGUGUGGACUUUGUGGGGCUCAACCACUACACGUCCAGAUACAUUGCACAUGCAGAUGCGCGAGAGGGGGGCGAGAAAGGCAGGCUGUGGAGCUACUUUGAUGAUCAGCAUGUUACUGUUCAUGUUGAACGUGAUGGCCGCCUGAUUGGCCAGCAGGCGGCGUCCCCAUGGCUGUACGAGGUGCCGUGGGGCUUCCAGAAGCUGCUCAUGCACAUCACCACCACAUACGGGGCACCACCCAUCUACAUCACAGAGAAUGGUCUAGAUGAAGGGGACGACCCAUCGCUGCCGCUGCACGUGGCCACCAGUGACCCGCACCGCAUCCGCUACUACCACGCGUACCUCUCGCAUCUUCUCCGCGCAAUAAGGCAAGGGGCGGAUGUGCGGGGGUACAUGGCAUGGUCGUGGAUGGACAACUUCGAGUGGCAGAUGGGGUACUCGCGCCGCUUUGGCCUCGUGCAUGUGGACCGCACCCGUGGGUUGAAAAGAACACCCAAAGCGUCUGCGCUCUGGUGGCAGGGGCUUUUAUCGGGGAUGCUUGUGUAUGAUUCAUAG